UAGAUACUAUAUACUGUUUGCCAGCCGAAUAGCUACCGCUUAUAAUGCCGAGAUAGGCAGAUGAAUGCAAAAUCACGUUUUCUAAUCAUCAUUAUUUGCCUAUGCGCGCGUACGGUACUGUUACCACUGCGUGAUACGACAAACAGUUAGUUCCUAGUCGUCCGAUAAGGAGCAUCGCUUAUCCAGCUAUCUCAAACGUUGCCAAGCAAUCAUGUCCACCACCGUCAAGUUUGUAACUCCGGAUUAUCUGAACGAGGAUCUUAUUAGGAGAUCACUCAUCAAGGAAUUCCAUAGUGACGAUAUUGUGCUGGAAAAGUUUGAGAUUACACCAGCUACCUCGCCUGGGGAUAAUUAUAUGAGCGAUGUGUUCCGAAUUCCUGUUAAGUUUCGCCGUUCACCGAAGGAGGAGAUGAUUGAAGACAUUUCUCUAGUGGUCAAGUGCCUUCCUGUUACUGGCAAUCGAGGAUCGGUCAUUGACGAGUUGAACGCGUUUCACAAGGAAGCAGAAAUGUUCACCACUGUAAUUCCUCAACUGUCGCGGAUUGCUAGUGAUGAAUUUUUUGCAGCUAAAUGCUUCAACGCAACGACAGUUCCCGAGCGAAUGCUGGUUUUUCAUGACCUCAAAUCUCUUGGCUACACCAUGGCCAGUCGUCACGCUGGACUCGACUUUGACCAUUGUGCACUUAUCAUGAGGAAAAUCGGAAAAUUCCAUGCUGCCUCGAUGGCUUUCGCGAAACAAAACAUGGAUCUGAUAAACAAGUUAUUUAACUUCAAUAUGAUCAACCCUGAUGCGGAACUCAGAACCGAUUGUAUCAGCAUAGUCUUCGAGAAAGGUCUGGGAACGCUGAUUUCCGUAAUCGAGAAAAAUUGGAUCGAUUUCGAUCCCGUCAUACUGGAUAAAUUGAAGAAACUCCAUCCGGUGUACGUACAAAAGCUGGAGGCUUGUCUGACACAGAAGUUCGAAGAUGGUUUUAAGGUGUUAAAUCAUGGAGAUCUUUGGUGCAACAAUAUGUUGUUUAAAUACGAAUCAAACUCCGGAAAAGUUAAGGAUGUCGUUUUUGUCGACUAUCAACUAAGCUACUAUUCCAGCCCGGGAGUUGAUCUCAAUUAUGCCAUAUCCAACUGUCUCAACUUGGAGACACGAGCCCGUUCGAAUGAGCUGAUCAAUAUCUAUCACCAGGCUUUAAGCGAAACAUUGACAUCUAUAGGAUACUCGAAGAUUCCAACUUUGGCCGACGUACAGCAUGAAAUCAAACGAAUGGAGUUCUUCUCGCUAGUUUCCGUUGUUUCCAUUCUUCCAAUAACGAUGAUGGAAAAGACGGAUACUAUGGAGGUUAACUUCGAAAACAUGAUCGAUGAGAAGCAGGCGGAACAGGCAAGGAACAUACAGUACAACGGAAAGCAAUAUCAGGCGAUCGUGAAACCGUUGUUGAAGCAGUUCGAUCAGAAACAUUUGCUGGAUAUUUGAAAUAGAUUGGCUAAUGAAGUUAUUGGCUGGCUUUAUAUUAUUUAUCAGAAUCAGUAGGGGGAGGAGGGGCAUAGUGAGCAUCCCGCAGUUUGGCUCUGGAUCUCCAGCUGCAUGAAACAAAUCAACUGGUAGUAGGUUCAAUAUCAUUAUGAUAUUGAUCCUACCACCAACCAAUUUGUUCCGAACGGCCGGAAGUCCAAGCUGGUGCACGGGAUGCUCACUAUGCCCCUCUUACCCCUAUACCUUCAACGAAAUGUCGAUUUAAUGUAUGACGCUAAUAAAG